UUUUCUUAUUGAAAGUUGACCGCGUUGUAGCCUGUAGGGGCAUAAGUGUAGUAUUUUCUGUGGUUAUGGGCUUCGAUUAGUUAUAUUUUAAUGUGUAUUAUUUCUUUCCUAGUUUCACAUCUAUGGUUUUAAAAUAAUUUUUCCUGGAAAAAAGUUUCAGUCAAUUCUUAUUAGAAUGAUACUAACUAAUAAAUAGUUUUGCGUCAUACGAACAAAUUGUUUGACCUAACUCUGCUGACAUUUUAUGCGUUACUCUACAAGAAAUGCCUGAGAUAUUGCCACAUGUACUGCCCAUUCUUUUUAUAAGAAGAUACUGCAGAAUGGAUGAGCAGUUGCGGAUGGCGGCCAAAAAUGGAGACGUUGAUGCAUUGUAUGUAAAACUCGCCCAGGACCCAUAUCUUCUAGACCGUAUUGAUCACUUACCGAUUGUUGAUACCCCGUUGCACGUUGCUGCCAUUGCAGGAAAGCAUCAUUUUGCCAUGGAAGUUGCAAACUUGAAACCCUCACUUGCUUGGAAGCUAAAUCACGUGGGACUCAGUCCUAUGCAUCUUGCUUUGCAGCACAAAUGCACCAAAAUGGUGAGAGGGCUAAUCACAAUCAACAGUCAGCUUAUCCGAGUGAAAGCAAAGGGGAUGAUCACACCUUUACACUAUCUGGCGCAGACAGAGGAUCCUGAUCUACUAGCUGAACUUUUAUCUGCUUGUCCGUCAUCUAUUGAAGACACCACAAUUCACUGUGAGACUGCUGCCCAUGUUGCUAUUAAAAACUGCUCAAUCAGAUGUUUCAAAGUCCUUCUUGGAUGGCUUCGACGAGUCAACAAAGAAGACAUUCUGAACUGGAAAGAUGAGGAUGGUAACACUGCACUGCAUAUUGCCAUAUCUACUAAUCAGACAGAGGUGGUGAAGUUGUUGGUUAAGCAUGCGAAUGUGAAUGUCAAGAACUUCAAUGAUUUGACAGCUAUGGACAUAUUUCACCUUCAAGGAUCAUUACAGAACACUGAAAUUGGUAAGAUUCUAAAUAAAGCUAAAGCAAAAAAAGCAUCUGAUCUUACCUCAAAUAUGACUCUUGGAGAUUACUUGAGCAAGGAACUUACUCUGAUUGAUAAACGAGACAAAUAUUUUGGAAUCAACAUCCAAAAUAAUCCCAAUGACAACCGAACUGUAAUCCUUGUGGUGGCUAUACUGAUUGCAACAGCCACCUACCAGGCGGGGCUUAGUCCUCCUGCUGGGUAUUGGCAAGAUGAUUAUAAACCUCCAGCAAACAAUGGCACCACCAACAACACCCACAAUAGCAGCCUUGGGGAUGGGCAAAGGCAACACCGGGCAGGACAAAUGAUAAUGAGUCCUGCUGAUCUUUUCUAUUUCUUAGCUGUUAAUGGUUCAGCAUUUCAUCUGUCAGUUUGGACGAUUCUGGUUAUUAUAAUCGGCCUCCCAUUUUCGAGAGCUGUCUAUAUAUCAACAUGGUUGCUUCUUCAGGCUUAUUAUUCUUCCAUGACAGCGACCUUUCCAACACAGGGAAGUGUGGCUUUAACUGUUGGGAGGUUUUUAUACAUAACCUUCACUGUCAUAUCCGCCGGUGUGGCAUACAUGAUUCCUCGGAGAGCAUUUUGUAACCACCAAAAGCUUAAACGUCGGGUGGAUACAAUGCGAGGAAGCAGUGUACUUACCCGUCCCGAAAAUUAAAGCAGGGUAUUUGCUGUUAUGUUAUUCUAGGGUUGAAAUCUGUGUAAAGAUUUGUCGAUAUAUAGCAUAGAUACACACUACUUGUUUGGUUUUGGAGUUGUCUAGUUACUCAAGACUCAAGAUGUCAUAUGCUCUGUUCCUUCACUUUUUAUUGCUAAAACUUGUACUCGUAAGUCAGCAUGCAACUUUCCCAAGAAUGUAGAGACCCCUAAAAUGU